CAUUUCUUUUCGUUUUGUUGAGCUAGGAACAUUGAAAUAAAAUGUGAUAAAACUUUCUUUGAUCAUCUUAUUAUAGUUUAAGGAUGUUUUUCUUAAAAAGCUUGCAAUACUAUGUCAAGGUAAUGAAGUGUGGACCCUGGAUAGCCGGAAUGUUUUUAAAAGACUAAGUAAACAGUUAAAGUGACGUUAAGAUUAAUAAAAAUGCUUAGCUAUUGGACUGGCAGUUGUUGAUAAGACAGAAUUGUUCAAGCGUAGUUUUUUAACCAGACGACAGAGGUCGACACUAUCUGUGUGUUGUAUUAGGCUAAAAAAGGAACCAAAAUAUCCUGUAAACGAAUCGUCCCGUAAAUUUUGUAGUUACAUAUCCGGAUCAUUACUCGGCAUAUUUUCAUUCGAGAAACAGUUAAUUCCAUAUUAAAAAAAUGCCCGUCAAAGAAGUCAAGAGCUUAGAAGAAUUUAAUGAAACUUUAAAAGCUGCUGGAGAUUCGGCAGUUUUAGUCGAUUUCUUCGCCACGUGGUGUGGGCCGUGUAAAAUGAUUGCUCCAAAAUUGGAAGCUAUGAGUACGAAAUACAAUACAGUUGUGUUUGUGAAGGUUGAUGUUGAUCAAUGUCCUGAUGUUGCUGAAAAAUAUAAGAUUUCCGCCAUGCCUACAUUCUAUAUGUUUAAAAACGGAAGCAAAGUCGGCGAAGUUGUUGGAGCCAGCGAAGAAAAGAUUGAAACUUUGGUUAAGGCUCAUCAAUAA